GCUGGCUGUGUCCCUGGAGAGCACUAGCUGGGUCAAGAUAAAAAUUCCUCAGCAGUGUUCAGCCUUUUGGAGAAAAGAAAAGCUGAAUAGAAAGGCAGAGUGAGAAGAGACAUACAGUAGCAGGCAGACUGACUGACUCCUUCAGCUGCUGAAUUGAGUGGAAGUGCAUUUUCCCUGGUAAUUGGUGGAUGUCUGAGUAUUUCAUCUAACAUGAAGGUGCUGGGGAUUUUUGUGUUGCUGGAAGUUACAGGCUUCUUUCCUAUUUUUUCCAGCCCUUCCUAUCCAGUCCAUUGCCGCUGGAAUUCUUUUGGCCCUUGGUCCGAGUGUGAUGGCUGUACUCACAAACAGAUUCGGAGACGGACAGUAGCAGUUUAUGGGCAGUAUGGGGGAAACCCCUGCUCUGGCGAUGCUUUUGAAAUAAGACCCUGCACCCCCACAAGGGGAUGCCCAACAGAGGAUGGCUGUGGUGAUCGGUUCAGGUGCUUUUCAGGUCAGUGCAUUAGCAGAUCUCUUGUGUGCAAUGGAGAUCAGGAUUGUGAAGAAGAUGGCACUGAUGAAGAUCGAUGUGAAGAGAAGACGACUAUAUGUGAUAUUGACAAAACACCUCCAAAUGCAGAGCUUACAGGAACAGGCUUUGAUGCCAUUACUGGAGAGACUAGGGGAAGAGUCAUUCAUACAAAAAACUUUGGAGGACAAUGCAGAAAGGUCUUCAGCAAUGACAGGAGAGAAUACUACAGGCUGAGUGAAAGCGUUCUUGCAUAUACUUUCCAGGUUAAAAUUCAGAAUGAUUUCAGUUAUGAGUUUUUCAACAGUAGUUGGUCUUAUAUGAAGCACGUAUCAAGGCAUGAAACAUCAAACAGUGGACACUCUCAUAGAGACAGUAAAAGUAAUGACAACAGGCAAAAGAGUAGGCAGCUGAUGGUUAUUGAGAACAGUGUGGAAGUUGCUCAGUUUAUUAACAACCGCCCAGACUUUCUCACUCUUGCGGAGCCAUUCUGGAAGGAACUUGCCAACCUUCCAGUUGUCUACGAUUACAAUGCCUACCGAAGAUUUAUUGAGUAUUUUGGGACUCAUUUCUUACAGUCUGGAUCUUUAGGAGGACAUUAUAAACUUAUAUUUUAUAUGGAUACUGACAAAAUGAAAGCGGAAGCUCUGAGCACAACAGACAUGUACCAGUGCACUUCAUCAGGCUGGAAUAUAUUCUUUGUGAAGAAGAAGAAAACAGAGUGCUCCAAGCUGGAUGAACUGCUACGGACUUCUUCAGGAAGCAGCAGCAAUAAAAUUAAAGGAGACCCCUAUGUAGAAGGAGGAAGUGCAAGUGCCAUUGCUGGCCUUAGUUUUCUAGAACUGGAUAAUCCUGCUGGGAACAGUGAGAAAUAUUCCUUUUGGGCCAGAUCAGUGACAGACUAUCCCAAAGUAAUUAAACAAAAGCUAACACCAUUAUACGAGCUGGUAAAGGAAGUGUCCUGCUCCUCCGUCAAAAAGCAUUACCUAAAACAAGCCAUUGAAGAAUAUAUGGCUGAAAAUGAUCCCUGCAAGUGUCGGCCAUGCCAGAAUGGGGGUGAGGCGGCUGUGGAUGGAACUCAGUGCGUGUGUUACUGCAAACCUUACACCUUUGGAGCAGCUUGUGAGAUGGGAACUCUUGUGCAAGAUCAGCCAGGUGUUGUUGAUGGACACUGGAGCUGCUGGUCUUCCUGGAGCUCUUGUUCAGGGGAAAGGAGAUCAAGGAGUCGAACUUGCAACAACCCCUCCCCAAGAGGUGGAGGGAAGGCCUGCAUAGGAGAGCACCAUGAAAGCAGACCCUGUGAAGAUGAAGAGUUGCAGCAUUUGCGCUUUAUUGAACCACACUGUUUUGAUACAUCCAUAACUCCAACAGAAUUCUGUUCACCUCCUCCUCUCUUGGAAAAUGGAUUUAUUCAAAAUGCUGAAAACUCAUACCCUGUUGGGAAAAGCAUUGUUUACGCUUGCAGACAUGGAUAUUCUCUUGUUGGUGAUCCUGUUGCUAAGUGUGGCAGUAAUUUAGAGUGGCAAGUUGGAGAAAGAUAUUGCCAGGAAACUUCUUGUCUCCUACCUGUCCUGGAGGAUGGCUUGCAAGGAGACCCAUGGAAACCUUCAUAUGAGAUUGGUGAGAAAAUAACUCUGUCCUGUAUAGAAGGCAUGCGAUUAGAAGGAGCACACUCCAUUCUGUGUGAACCCAGUCUCAAGUGGUCUCCUGACAUGAAAACUAUUCAGUGCAUAAAAACAGAACCCAGUGUGAAAACAGAAGUGACAGAGCCUAAAUGUCAGCCAUGGGAGAAAGUGCAGCAGUCACAAUGUGUGUGCAAAAUGCCCUAUGAGUGUGGUCCUUCCCUGGAUAUCUGUGCCACAGAUCAAAGAACGAAGAGAAACAUACCUUUAACUGUUUGCAAGAUGUAUGCUUUGGAGUGCAUGGGCAGAAAAUAUUCUCUUACUAGCUCAGACAACUGCAAAACUCCUCAAGCCACUGAGAAAUCAUGUGGAUCAUGCCAUUCAUGGGAAAGAUGUGAUGCAGAGUCCAACAGCUGUGCUUGCGACGAAGACGCGCCGUGUGAAGAGGGAGGCAUCCAGAUCUGUGCUGAAGUGAGCGGCUCUGCUGCCCAUCGGACCAUGACUGAGUGCGAGGCUGGGCGGCUCAGGUGCCGCGGGGAGACCGUCACCCUUGUCAGCAUAAGGCCCUGCAAUGUGCAGAGCAAAUAAGAUGUGUUGUGGUUUGUUUUGUGUGUUGCUGUGGGAUAUGUCAAAAAUGUGUCAGCUUUUGGGCAGGACAUACUUCAAACCUUGCUCUAUCAAAUCUAAGCUCUGCCGUGAAGUUCACUGCAGCCAACGAGACCAUGUGUGUUGGCUCCAGUUGGCUCUGGCUUGAGGCUCUUCAUCAGGCAGAGCUGCAUUCACUGCCACUUCUGACCCAAGGGCUUUUGGCUUAGGCCCCUGAUUUAGCACUGUUGGGUUUUCUUUCACAUUCCUGUCACAGUUAAAAAAUGUUCUUGAACUACGACUGCCAAAGUAGUGAUGGAUUACAGUGUCUAACACUGUAAAUACGUUUUUCUGAAAGCCAUGCAAACAUAUGCAUAUACUGAUUAUAUUUAGAUUCUCAGAAAAAGAAUAGCCUUUACAAAACAAGAUGUACGAUUCCUCACUUUUAAUAAAGUAACUUCUUCCUAAUGUGCCUUAUUCAGCUGAGCAAAAAGCAUGUACAGCAUUGAACCUGUCGUUGAGCCUGAAGCUUUUAAAGGUCAAAACAAUGUGCAUUAACAGUAAAGUCAGCUUAAAGUAACGAGAAUUCCUAUGCUUUCAGCUUCUUGUACAUAGAAACACUUCAUGAAAAAUCACCAUUUUACACUGUCAUAGCUAUCACUGUGAGCUACAUUUGUAAGCGCAGAUAACUGCAUUGCAUGUCACAUACAUUUACGUUAGUGCCCAAACUCGUUUGCUCACAGACCAUUGCACAUGGAAGUCUUCCACCACAGCUUUCCACAAAUUUCUCAAAGGGAAUUGGAUUCUCACAAGAAGGGAGACACUCUGUACAUAGUUCCCCUGGAGAUAACCUUUGACAAUCUCGUAAGAUUGUUCCUAAAUAUAAGGAGUCUUUGACACUCUUUCCUUAUACAGCUAAGCACGCUGUCUAGCAUAAUGAGGCAACGACUUCUUGGCUCACAUAGGGUGUACCUUGCAAGCUGAGGUGCCCACCCCGGCGGUAUGAUCCCCUCCUGACUAUUCUCAGAUGCAAAUAAUGACUAAGGGCCAGAUAGCAAAUGAUCAAGCCAGUGCAGUACUACCACCAAGAAGCUUUUAUGCUUUGUAAUUAACAGAUUUUACUUCUUACUAUUAAUAAAUGCCUACCAGAUGAAA